AUGCUCGGCAUUAUGUCCCGCACUGAGGACAAUACUCGGCCGUUUCGGCCAUAUCGUAGUGACGCACACGAAGACACCAAAGAGUUGACCUAUCCGCCAACAUUCCCCGCUCCGCUUGACCAAUCCAUCCGUGGAGACGUUAACCCUCACUCCCACAGAAAGAUACUCAGCCAGGAAGAGACGCUUGAGCUCGCAAAGCGGGCUGUGGAAAAUGGUUUGCAGGAAACGAAGCGAUCAUUGGCAGGAAGCGAGGCGGUCGAUGAUGUAGUCAGACCAAAGCUGACUAUUGACUUGGGCCAUUCUAAUAUCGGGUCUAUUCCGGAAUCUAUGGUGGAUGUUAUCAAAGACGAAGUCGCGAGGCUAUCCCUGUCCAAUAACCAUAUUGACCAUAUCCCUGGCCGAUUUUCAGAAUGCACCCACCUGCGGUAUCUCAAUAUCCGGGCGAACAAUUUCACCCAAUUCCCCAAAGAGGUAUUCGGUUUAACAUUUCUCGAAAUCUUGGAUCUUAGCCGGAAUAAAAUUACCAAAAUUCCGGAAGAAAUCCGGAAGCUUACGUCAUUACGAGUCCUGUCUAUCAUGCAGAACCUCCUGGAUGAUUUACCGACAGAAUUGGCGGAUAUGACCAAACUGCAGGUUUUGAAGGUUUCAGGCAACUCGCUAAAGUACCCUCUCAAACGAGUUCUUGAACUGAAAGAAACGGACGUUUCAGCAUCUGAGAUGACAGACAAUGAGAAAGAAACUGCAAUCACGGCGGAACUAAAAUUAUUCUUGAAAACUAGACAGCCUGUAACAUAUGUUGAAUUUGAUGCUGGAAGCGAGAGCAGCGAAACGUUGGUCGACACUCCGAAACCUUUAAAGCGUGGGAACCGAUUCCCCGUAAUCCCAAGAACGAAUGGGUCCGAAUCGGCCCACUCAUCCAGAUCUCCUUCGUUGUCACGGCCACCCCCAAUCCCGACUCGCUCUCACCAUCGAAUGGCGUCCGGGCAGAAUGGUGUUUUACAACUCGGCGUAAACUCACGCACAGGACUUGCAACAUAUUCGGGAACCAGCGAGCGAAAUCGAAGUAAUAGUGAAGGUGUGAUCACAGGGCCAGGUGCAUCUCGAAGUAGACGUAUGGGAUUAAUCACUUGGAAAAACACAGAUCUCGGAACGCUGGACGAGGGGCGACCAUAUCGUAACAGCCACGUGCGUGGUUUGAGCCACGGAUCUAUCUUGCGAUCUAAACAUGGUGGAAUGUCAGGAGGGGGUAGCAGCUCGUCUAGCCCCGGUAGCCCGAGAGAACGGAGAAAGUUGAAGGACGCCUUCAUUCGCCGAAUGUCAAGCCUUCCAGAACACCGAAUCAAAGUGGCAGGACAGGAACCUAUCAUCGAUGCUGCAAAAGGAGUGCUAUAUGCCCUUUACCAACUCCACCCCCAUGUUUCCUUGUUAAUAAAUGUGCUCAAGGGCGAGGACGCAAGGAGAAAUAGCCUUGAGAUUGUAUUUUACAACGCAGAAACUCAUCUGGAGCGGUUGAAUGAUGCGUUAGAAAGUGCAGGCCGGGUCGACCUCCAAGAUGCUGAUGGGGUAAUGAGAGUGUGCGAAGUCGUAAAACGCGAGUGCGAAACUUGUAUCAUGGCAUACAUACAUGUUGCCACGCAACUUCGACUCGCUGUUGGCAGGGCAGUUUCCUUUGGAGAUCCCAAGUUCCUCCGGUCGUUAUUGCUCAUGAUAUUUGGGAGCCUGACUGAACUUCGAAAUGCUUGUUCUCACUUAGGUAUUAACUUGCAUUCUGAACAGCAAAGCUCUUCCGGGAAAAAGAGUCAAGCCUCCACUUCGAUGGCAAAGAAAGGGCAACCCGUUAUUACAGGCGAGUCGGCCGUAACGCCUACCGCGGAGAAAACUCCACCAACAAGGCGAUUACGCAGUGAUACUACGAUUGUGCAUCCUAUAGCCGUUCCCAAUUCAAACAAUGUGAUUUACCAGCAGCCAAAUUCAAACAGCACGCCUGUUCAAUUCAACGCUCCCUACACACUGCCGUCAGUGCCGAUGUCACCCCAGAACUAUGGCUGCCGAAGCCGAUCGAGCAGCAGAUCCAAUACCCGAUUAACUUCGGGUUCGCCGUCAUUAGCCAACACCCCGCGGUCCGGCGAAACGUUCGGCACAACCAAUACCUUAGCUUCUAGUCGUACCAACAUAUAUGCGGCUUUAGAUGAAGUUGAGGUGGAGCGAAUAUUUGAGAAGAUAUUCUUCCAGCUCACAUCUGCCUAUACAGCGGCGCUACAUGCCCUACCCUAUGCUGCUCGGCAAUUUACCCAGUACCUUGAAUUAGCUGAAGAGACAAGAGCACCAGAAGAACUACGAAUCCUUUGCCAUAGGCUGAUUCUUCGGUGUCGUGUCUGUCAAGAUGUAUCAGAAUCACUACGUCACCGCCUCUCAAACAUGACAUUAAAAGAGCCUGGCUAUGGGACUAGGAACCAGCGCGAGUUUUGGCAACUUUGCAAAACUUUCAUUCAGGUAUUCGUCGAACUAGUGACAGACAUGCGGGAGGCAAGGAAUUUCAACCUCAUCAAUCCUGAAGUCGUCAUUGUACUUCGCCCUGUGCAGAAGGCAAGCAGAGAAGCCGGUCGGCUGAUUGAUGCGUCUCCUUGGUCUUACCUCGCUGAAUUGAACACUUCCAACCCGACGACAUUUUAUCCACCUCAGACCCAAGCCCAGCAUUUCCCACACUACACCAAUUCUUCAACAUCGACGAUGUUGAGUACGGCCUCGACGCUGACCAAUGGAUCAUCAUCACAGUUCGUACCUCUUCCUGCAACACCAUUAAGCGCUGCACUUGGUCCAGCAGCUCAAGCAACAGUACCAUCAACACCUGCGAGCGCGUAUAGUGACCGAUUCUUCGCGGGCGAUGUGUUCCAAAGAGCAGACUCUGUCCUCAACACUGCCAACCCGGCACCCAUGUUUGCGCGUCGAUGA